UCGAAAAUGGCGUUGUCAGCGAGAAAUCAAUUUGCUGAAAAUACCGACCAGAACGUCAACGCUUCGACGCUGUCGUCGAACGACCCUGUGCCAGAGCAAUUGAAAGAAGUUGUCGAAUUGAUGAACUCCGUAAACAGAAGAUUGGAGGACUGCGCGGUGGAGUGGCAGUCGAGCGUGUCGAGGAAACAAUGGAGAAUUCUCGACGGCAAAUCCGGCUCGGACAAAUCGUGGGAACAGUCACUCUUGGCGAGAACUUAUUUUUCUAACAAAUCAUUGGACGAAGCUUUUCAAAGUUUGCUCUUGAGGGAUAAAACUUUUACUGAGCAAAUAAAUAAUUUUGUGGCUUUGUUGCGUGGCGACGAUGCAUCGCUGACAGCGUUGAACGUUCGUGACGCACAAAAUCAAUGUCCUGACACGCAAACUUUGGAUCGCCCGGAAAAUAAAUGCCCCGACGUAUCCCCCCUCGAUCUGACGUUUUUAGAGAAUCAUGAAAACGUUCGAAAAACACGAAAGAGCAAGAGACUCGCAGCUGGAAACGGAAUCACAUCGAUACAGCAAUCCUUCGGUGAUCUCGUCAAAGCAAAAAUCAAUCUCGAUACGAAGUUCUUGGGAUUCGAAGCCAUACUCAAUGGAAAUAGAAUCCCACAGAAAAAUAAAUCCUCGACUUGCCUCUGUCAAAUAUGCUCAAACGUUCUGGGCAGCGCAGUAGAAAAAAGCAACGUAAUGAAAAGCAUAGCAUCGGUGAGACACAAAGUGCAAAGAGUGACGAGAGCACAGAACAAGAGAUUGACGAGAUCGGCGAAAACUUGGAGCCGCGCCAAAAAGUCGAAACCCGAAUCGAUAACGUUGGAUCAAAACGGUGACGAAGGUACGAUGAUUACAGAAACGAGUUACAGACAACCGAUCACCGAUUGACAUUCAAGAA